CCCUGGUCGGACCCUGUCCACAGGUCGGACCUUGGUCGGACCUUGUCCACAGGUCGGUCGGACCCUGGUCGGACCCUGUCCAUAGGUCGGACCCAGGUCGGACCCUGUCCACAGGUCGGACCCUGGUCGGACCUUGUCCACAGGUCGGACCCUGGUCGGACCCUGUCCAUAGGUCGGACCCUGUCCCCAGGUCGGACCCUGUCCCCAGGUCGGACCCUGUCAGUUUCCUGAUCUGAAGUCUGAGAUGAUUAAAUGAACAUUAUUUUAAAUGAAUGCUAAUUUAAGAUUUCUGCAUCCUUAUUGAUCAGAAGUUAAGACUCAGUUUGAUAAUGUCUCUGAGUCAUACUACAGACAGAAACCCCAGGUGUGUUCAGGUGAUGUGGGUUUAGUUUCUGACUUCGAGGUCUCGUGCUGGGAGGAGGUCCUGAUGGAGCUGUCUGAGCCUGAGGCGGAGACACACGGUGACCAGGAGAGACCCAGACCUGAAGCUCCAACACCUGACCUGCCUGGUCUGCAGGAUCCUGGUCCCUCAGCAGUCCUUAGUCCCCCCCCUGCUGAGGCCGGCGGCGGUCUGUUGUCUUUACCGUGGGAGAUGUUGACCAACAUCGUCUCGCACCUCCCCGCUCAGUGUGUGCUGGACGUGCUGCCGAAGGUCUGUCAUGCUUUAGAGGAUGUGGGGAAGGACAGCACGGCCUGGCAGCUACGGGCGGGCAGACUCAUAGGGUGCAGAGCCGCCUAUCCUGUGGGGCCGAGGGAGGACUUUGACUGGCCCUCUGGCUGUGUGGAGAUGGAACAGCUGAUUACCUGCUGGACGGACGGAGCGCACCUCAGAGCGAAACAGACACGGCAGGAUGAGAGGGAACAGGUGAGGCAGCAACGGGAUGACGCUGUGAAUCAGCUGGAGGAGGAGGAGGAGGAAGAAGAGCCCAGGAAUCAGGAAAAUGGAGGACCAGUACAGAUUGAUGAGCAUCAACCACCCAGGGGUCCCAGCCCGCCCCCGAUGCUGGAGUGCAUCCCUCUACCUUCAGGCCACAUUGCUCAGGUGAACUCUGUCCUCCUCAUGGGGGGAGGGGGGAACGUUUUGGCCACAGGUUCCAGAGACUGGAAUGUGAAGCUGUGGGACUUGCAGGUGGGAUGUGGAGCCAAGCUGCUGCACACAUUAGGAGGACAGGGGGACUUCAGCACACAUCGGGGUUGGGUCUGGUGUCUGGCGUCUCAAGCUCAUCAGCUGGCCUCGGGGGGCUUCGACAGCACUGUGAGGCUGUGGGACCUGCAGGCAGGCGGAGCAAAGAAGGGUCUGAUCAGGGCGGGGGCCGCUGUCCUCUGUUUGUCCUGUCAGACUGACGUCCUGCUGGCUGGUACGUUCGACAAGAGGGUCAACAUGUACGACACCAGAGCGGUUCAGCCCCUGGUGAAAAGCAUCCGUCUCCAUGGUAACGCUGUAAUGUGCCUCGCUGCAGAUGAUCAGUUCAUCAUCUCCGGGAGUAAAGAUGGAACGGUGGCUGUGUACGACCGCAGGGCGGGCAAGGACUUAAAGAAGCUUCAGCUCGCCUCGUACCUGCAGUCCAUGAGUUACAGCGGCCGUGAGGUGUGGGCGGGAGACAACAGCGGGAUGAUCCACUGCUUCUCCAUGCAGGCGGGGACUCUGAAACCCGUCUCCAGGUUCGAUGUGGGACAUGUAGCUAUGAUUACCGGCAUCCACAGGUCGGCCGGAAGCCUCUACACCUGUUCCACCGACCGCACUGUGAAGGUUCACGUCCCCUGCUCCCCUCCGAGGACACUAUGCACACAGCGUCACGAAGCCGGAGUCAACGGGCUGAGUGUGGAGGCAGGU